UUUGCACCAAAUCACAGGAGUCGGGUUUACCUGCUGCGCUGCAGCGGUGCACCUGUCGCCAAAAGGAGCUCACCUGCGCUUUACGUCGGAUUUACCUGUUGAUCGAAAAUGCGUCAAUAAUCGCUUCCGACCAGUCGUAUCUACACACUAACUGAUCCAUCAUGAUAAAGAAGGGAGCACGGAAUUUUCUGGGUCGAAAGAACCAUAGUCUUUUCGACACCAAUAUCAAAAUCAAGGACAUGGACAAUGUGGAGCUGAAUCUGGAGUCAUCAGCGAUCCCAGAGUCAGGAACUGCCAGCGUGCGGGCCAGACCCACCGUCAAACACCACUCUUCCUCCACUGACAGCUUUCAAGGGUUUGCCGUCCCGACACCCAAAGUCCCCCUCCUUCCCCCUGUCAACGGUCCAAAGAUCAACGGUUCAAUCGGUGGAGAUCACUUGUCCAAUGGAUCUGUUAUAUCUGUGCCUGACCUUGUGGAGGGGGAAAUAUUUGUUCCUCCUCCUCCCUCUACGGCACCUCCACCCCCUCCAGGCAAUUUUAUCCCUCCGCCAGACUUCAUGGGUGACCUGAACACUCUAAAUUAUGCAACCCUUCAGUCUCCUUCCAUGCCCUCUUCAGAAUCAGCCUCACCAGGACCCUUCAUGAAUGGGGAAGACUUAACCUUCAUAAAACCGCCACCAAUGGCCCCACCAAAGCCUCCAUCUACUUGCUCUACUGGCUCUGUCUCAUCUGUACCCAUCUCUACUCCAUCACCUGUCAAAGUUCCUGAUCAUCCAGUCUUUGCCCCUCCACAGCCCCCCUCUGAAAGGCAACACAAGAGUCAUAAGAAACCUCCUCCAAAACCCAUAAGACUGUCCUCUAUACCGACACUCGACUCCCCACCACAGACUCCUGCCCCACCUCCACCUGUGCAGACACCCACACUGUCCACUUUCAAUCCCCAAAACACAGCAAAGCUUUACAAUAAUCCUCAGACCUCAAUUCUCAGUGGGUAUGAGGAGCAUGAUCCAAAACCCAAGCAGAUGUUACUCCUGGAAGAUUCUCCUUCUGGUAAGUCUUCCCCAGUGCCUGCCCAGAUUGAUGGCAAAGCCCCUGAAGUGACUAUACCAUCUAAACCAGUUCACAAAGAUGUCCAGGAGCUGAAGGAGACCUUACAAAUUACCCAACCCUCUCAAUCACCCUUGCCUGUACCAAACAAGGAGGCUAAAACAAGGAUAGUUUCAGCAAAGCCAGAAACAGACAAGCCUCUUCACACUUCACAUCAGACAUCGCCACAGCUUCAGAAACUGAACGGUACUCGUGUGAAUUCAGAGCCCAUCGAGGACAAACUCGAAGGAUCUCCAAGUCAAGGUCGCAGAUUCAGUCCGUUAAUAGAUCGCAAACUGCGCAACCUGAAGAGCAGUGAGACCAGUGUUGCCCGAGAUGGACCUGCAACUUCCCCGCUGGCUCUUCUAAUGGCGGCUAAAGAAAGGGACAAGCACAGAUCACAUCACUCUGUGUUGCGGGAAAACAGUGGCAAGAAGAGUGAGCAGCCCAGUGCAAGCAUUCACCCCAGUGACUCCAGUCCCAAUUCCUUUAUCGUCACCCCAAGAUCCAGCUCAUCCUCUUCUCUAACAUCUCUAGAAAGAGUGCAGGAGAGUCUUAAGUCUGUCAGUCCUGUUGCACAUACGCAAACAAUUCAGACUCCAGAAAAACCCAGCAGUUCUGCUCUGGUCAAGGAUCAGACAGGAUCCCCCGGCUCAGCUCUCAGCAGGAUGGCUGCAUCCCUGAGUGCGACCAACCUGGUUGAGCCAAAACAAAAUGCAGUGCAAAGCCCCUCAAAGUCUCAACCCACACAGCAAGAGGAUUUGAGUAUGCCAGUACUCCCUCCGCCACCAGAGUUUGAUGAUUUUGAUGACUUCAUGGAGCCCCCACCUUCCAUCCCUCCACCUGACCCUCCCAUGAAAAAGGCACCAACACCAACUGUGUUCAAUCUCCCUCCAUCUCAAGUUCCACCUCCUCCUCCAUCUCAAGUUCCACCUCCUCCUCCAUCUCAAACUCCUCCUCCUCCUCCAUCUCAAAUUCCACCUCCUCCACCAACUCAAGUUCCACCUCCUCCGCCAACUCAAGUUCCACCUCCUCCUCCAAAUCACAUUCCACCUCCUCCUACAAAACCCAAACCUCCAGCAGCUCCAAAACUCCCACCUCCUGAAAUCGAUGUCAAACCAAAGCAACCACCGCCGACGAAACCCAAGGUGGCCUCUGCUCAGCUACCACCCAAUCUUUCACCCAGCCAGGUCACACUCCUGAGCAUCUUACAAAAGAAGAUGCUUGAAAUGGACCACAAAAUGGCCCCAGCGAAGGAGGCAGAGUCCAGUUCUGAUGACUGGGGCACCCCCUUGUCUGAGGAGGAAAAUAAGGUCCCUGUUUUCCCCAGAGCUACACUACCAAGUAAGAAUUACCCAGCGGGCAACAAAGCAGCAGCCAUGAACAUGCAGGAGCUGGAGGGUAAAAUGGCCAGGAAAUAUCAGGACACCUCCUCACUUAAAGUUCCCACCAGCAAUGGGGUGCAGUCAAAACAUAAGUACGGUAUGACCUUCACAGUUCGGCCUGGAACCAAACAGCCUAUUACUCCAUACAGAAGAGAGGACCCUUAGUGAGAUGUCUUCAUGACAUAGACAUUCUUCUGUUUAGCGCAAAUUGCAUGUGAUUGGAUAAUGUGAAUUUUGCAUCAGAGGGAAUUUGAACAAUGGGGGAAAAGCACUUUGAACAAAUGAGGUUAACAUUAACAAAUAUGUUAAGAAUGUCUUAAAACAAUGGUUUGAAUGUGCUCUGAAUGUAUUUCUCGACCGCUGGAGAACACACCAUCACUGUCAAAUAGUGUUUUCUGUUUUUGUAUUUUAUCUUUUUUAAUGUUUUAUUUUUGCUGCUGCUGUUUUAUUCAGUAUAGAUGUAUAUGUUGCAUAUGUUGCCUUUUUAAAAAAGCAUUCAAUCAGUGCCACAUGGAUACUAUUCAUAAACAAAUUCUAUUAAUGAAAUUCUUUAUGCUUAAGUUAUUCACAGCUGUAAAGUGUAUGGUGAGUGAAUUAAAGCCAUAGUUGGUAACUUUUAUAAAAAAUAACUGUCAUAUUUGCUGAAACUGUCAUGAUCCAUCCACAGUAGUACAUGAAAUAGAUCACAGCUGAGGAGUCUCUAAUGUAGCUGUCAAUCAUGUCAAUAACUGAUCAUAAUUUUAGUUAAACUGUCAAACUUGGCAGCGCUGAUCAAAUAUGAAUCAAGAUUCUGUUACUGCAUUGCCUAUUUGUCACCUUAUUUGUUUUCAUAAACACAUUUUAGUGCACUGUUUAGCUGUAAAAUGAGAAAGCGUGUCUGGCUGGUUGGCAGUGCUCGAUUGUUUUCAACAUGGCGGCUGGGUCACAAACUUUCUCAUUUUACAGCCAAACAGUACACUAAAAUGUGUUAUAUUAUUAUAUAUAUUAUAGACUCCUCGGCUCUGAUUGGUUGUGUUCAAACAGUCUCUGUAGAUUCUAUGCCAUCAGAAGCACUAUGAGGAAGAGGAGGACAUGAUGUUUUUCAUACACUAUCUGUCUCUUAAAAUACAGUUUGGAUUUAGUGAUAGUUUCAGCAAACAUGACAAAAUUAACUUUCAGAAAAGUUACCAACUGUAUUUUUCAUCGACAUUACUCUCUGCAAAUUCCUGAAUAAAGUCUUUGACAGAUUUAUCUGUAAUCUUGAUUAUAGAAUACAAUAAUAAUGUACACUGUAAUUAUGGUGCAUCAUGCUUUAGUUACAUGUCCCAUAACAUAAAUGUCCUUUCACUGUUACAUGUAUUACAUAGGUCCACUGUAACGGAGCCAACAGUUAAUUCAGAUGACUGUGUUUAUCUCUCAGUAGGAUAGUUUCUCAUAUUUAUUGAUCAAGGAAAUGUUCUUCUGUCUAUAAUAAUGGAUAUUUAAUAGUUAUUUUACUGUGGAGUGUAUCUACACUCGUGUUUUUAUGCUGUACAUAUCAGUUUAUCUGAGAUUACAACAGAAUUUAAGACAUUGUAAGAUGUUGUUUUAUGUACAUGUUAAGGUUGUAUAAUCAAAAUAUUUAAAAUAUUGGUUAUAAAAAGUAAAAUAUUGGUUAUAAAAAGUCUUUGAGCAGAGAUGUUCAUCUAUGACAAAUGUUGUCCAACAACUACUUAACCGGAAAAUAAAUCCAAGCAGUAAUUGCAUCUUUAACAA